GUGUGUUGGCCCCGAGUGUGACUGGUUUCCGGCCGGUGGUGCUGCACCGGCUGCCAGGAGACGUGUAACGGACGGUGGGCCUCAGCCAUGGCCGAGAGGAAACCUAACGGUGGCGGUGGUGCCGCCAACACCUCCUCAUCCGGCACCAACUUACUCUUUUCCUCCUCGGCCACGGAAUUCAGCUUCAACGUGCCCUUCAUCCCAGUCACCCAAGCCGCCGUUGCCUCGGCCUCCUUGCUCUUGCCCGGAGAGGAUUCCACAGAUGUUGGUGAGGAGGACAGCUUCCUCGGUCAGACUUCUGCUCACACAUCUACCCCUCAGACAUUUAGUUACUUCUCUCAGGUAUCAAGCAGUAGUGAUCCUUUUGGAAAUAUUGGACAGUCACCGUUAACAACUGUGGCAACGUCAGCUGGACACUCAGCGUUCUCCAAGUCCCCGGCUGCUUUCCCUUUUACAACCGGAUCCCAAGAUGUGUUGAAUGCAUGUCCACCGCCCAUUUCGAAGGCUCAGUAUGGUGCUCCACCUUCUUCACAGAUGGGAAUGAAUACUUACCUGCCUUCUCAGCCGAGUAGUCUCCCUCCUUCCAAUUUCGGGAGCCCACCACCGGGAACACCGCAACAAGGACACAAUCCAUAUCGUCAUACCCCUGUGAGCAGCAGGGCCAAUCCUUAUAUCGCACCACCACAGCUGCAGCAGUGCCAAACACCAGGCCAUCCCGCCCAUCCUCCACCCCCCGGACCCCCUGUUCAGAUGUACCAGAUGCCUGGAGGAUCUUUGCCACCGAUGCCUCCUUCAGUGCCGUCAGGGUCGACCCCUCCAAUGCAACAGCAGGCUCUUGCUAGACCUGCAGGUCCCUCUGUGCAAGCGCCACCUCCUUUUCUGCUUCAAAACCAAUACGAACCUGUUCAGCCCCACUGGUUUUACUGCAAGGAGGUUGAAUACAAACAACUAUGGAUGCCUUUCAGUAUGUUUGACUCUUUGAAUCUUGAAGAAAUCUAUAAUUCAGUCCAGCCAGAUCCUGAGAGCGUGGUUCUAGGCACGGAUGGAGGGCGCUAUGACGUGUAUCUCUAUGACCGAGUGAGGAAGGCUGUGUACUGGGAGGAGGAGCCUGCUGAAGUGAGACGCUGUACUUGGUUUUACAAAGGGGACACAGACAGCAGGUUUAUUCCCUAUACAGAGGAGUUCAGUGAAAAACUAGAGGCUGAAUAUAAAAAAGCGGUAACCACGAAUCAGUGGCACCGUAGAUUAGAGUUCCCGAGUGGAGAGACAAUCGUUAUGCACAAUCCAAAGGUUAUUGUUCAGUUCCAGCCUUCGUCAGUGCCAGAUGAAUGGGGAACCACACAAGAUGGACAGACAAGGCCCAGGGUUGUAAAGCGUGGAAUUGAUGAUAACCUUGAUGAGAUUCCUGACGGGGAAAUGCCUCGGGUUGAUCAUUUGGUGUUCAUGGUACAUGGCAUUGGACCUGUGUGUGACUUGCGCUUUAGAAGUAUUAUUGAAUGUGUGGAUGAUUUUAGGGUGGUUUCUCUGAAAUUGCUGCAGACACAUUUCAAGAAAUCUUUAGACGAUCGGAAAGUAAGCAGAGUGGAAUUCCUUCCUGUUCACUGGCAUAGUUCCUUGGGUGGGGAUGCCACAGGUGUUGACAGGAAUAUUAAGAAAAUCACUUUACCAAGUAUUGGUCGGUUUCGUCAUUUUACCAAUGAAACCUUGCUAGAUAUUUUAUUUUACAAUAGCCCCACCUACUGUCAGACAAUUGUGGAAAAAGUGGGAAUGGAAAUAAACCGUCUGUAUGCACUUUUUAUGAGUCGGAAUCCAGACUUCAAAGGAGGAGUCUCUGUUGCUGGUCACAGUUUAGGGUCUUUAAUAUUGUUUGACAUCCUGUCUAAUCAAAAAGAUAUGAAUUUGUCCAAGUCUCCUGGGCCUUUUGCUGUUGCUAAUGGAGUUGUGAAGCAGCCACAUUUUCAGGAAAAGCAGGUGCCUGAAGAGCCAAGGUUGACUUUGGAGGAGUCUUGUGACCUUGACGUUGAAAAUGAAGAUGUCCUAAGUUUGCAAGAAACUCUGGAAGCACUUAGCCUCUCUGAAUAUGUUAGCACUUUUGAAAAGGAAAAGAUUGAUAUGGAAUCUCUGCUUAUGUGUACUGUUGAUGAUCUGAAGGAAAUGGGCAUACCCCUCGGACCCAGAAAGAAGAUCGCUAACUUUGUGAAACAGAAAGCAGUUAAACUGGAACAGAAAAAAGCAGCAUCAGAAAAGAAGGCAGUGAUGGCCGCUUCGACAAAGGGACAAGAGGAAAGUGCUCAGAAAGCUAAAGAAAUGACUUCUCUCCCCUCGGAAUCUAACGGGUCCAAGAGGAAACUUCCAGUUGGUGCUUAUGUGUCCUCUGUGCAUGUUGAUUAUGAGUCUUUUGAAGUUGGCACUGGACAGGUUUCUGUUGUUUACAAUUCAUUAGACUUUGAACCAGAGAUUUUCUUUGCCUUGGGAUCUCCAGUUGGUAUGUUUCUCACUAUUCGAGGAGUGGAUAGGAUAGAUGAGAACUACAGGCUUCCUACGUGUAAAGGAUUCUUCAAUAUUUAUCAUCCACUUGAUCCAGUGGCAUAUAGAUUAGAGCCUAUGAUUGUUCCAGAUUUGGACUUGAAAGCGGUUCUCAUCCCACAUCACAAAGGCAGAAAAAGACUUCAUUUAGAGUUGAAAGACAGUCUCUCUCGUAUGGGAUCUGAUUUGAAGCAGGGUUUUAUUAGCUCCCUGAAAAGUGCUUGGCAGACAUUAAAUGAGUUUGCCCGCGCUCAUACCUCUUCAACUCAGCUGCAAGAAGAACUGGAAAAAGUGGCCAAUCAAAUCAAAGAAGAAGAAGAAAAACAAGUAGUUGAAGCAGAAAAGAUUGUUGAAAGUCCAGAUUUUUCCAAGGAUGAGGACUACUUAGGAAAGGUUGGAAUGCUAAACGGAGGCCGCCGAAUUGACUACGUUCUUCAAGAAAAGCCAAUAGAGAGUUUUAAUGAAUAUCUUUUCGCUCUUCAGAGUCAUUUAUGCUAUUGGGAAUCUGAAGAUACUGCCCUGUUGUUACUUAAAGAAAUUUAUCGAACAAUGAACAUUAGUCCAGAACAACCCCAGCACUGAUUGGACUUCAGUCUCACUGUACUUUCUUGUCUUUCCAGAAAGUUGGAGUAGAAAUUACAUUGCGGAGAAAACUCUCAGAGGACAUUCCCAGUUUGCUCCUGUGACGGAUGACAGAAAAGUGGUUCAUCAACAUCUGCUCAGAAAGAAUUCUCACAAGUAGGAAGUCAUUUGAAAGAAAGCGUACAGAACAAAAAGACAAUGAAGAAAAUCAGUACCACGUUUGGACAGUAUGGAUAAGAAAAUGUAAUUUUAAAAAUGAUGCAAUUAAAAUUCCUCAGAUCAGGUUAGUUGUACAGCUGUCAAAGUAAUGCGUGAUAUCAAUGAAGAAAUAUUUGUGGCAUGCAGACGGUUAUUUCUAUUUCUUAAAAACCUAUUGUCAAUGGGCUAUUAAACUUGCAUUUUUUUAAAUUAAUGUAGUAUGUUCUUUUAUUCAAGUAUGGACUUCUUGAGAAACUGUAGUUAUAUGAUUUUCCAAAAAUUUAUGUUCUACUUUAAGUGUGAGUUGUAGUUCCGAGCUGCUUUACUGCAAGGUCAUUUGUGUCUAAGAGGAAAUAGCCAAGAUCGCUUAUAUUCCGAAUUGAAUCUGAGGUUUUAUGAAGCCUUUCAAGCACUUGCUGAGCACAUGGUUGUGGAAGUGAGACGCUCCUGCAGCACAGAGGUCCUGGGAAGUGCUCUCCCGGGACACGCAUGUCCGCUAGUGGGGGUGUUGGGGGGGGCAAAGGGGAGGUUUUCCAUUUUGUCAUCUGAGGUAGCUUUGUAGUUGCCUCGUUGCUAAACUUUCAAUUAAUGUGAGAACCAAAGUAGAGUUUCUUGUCUUUUUUUUUGCUUUGUAUUAAUUUCACUUAUACCAAAGUGUUUCAAAGUAUGAAAUGUAUUGCUUCUAGACUAUAAAUCUACUUCCUGAAAAGACUGUUCUGUAAUAUUUCACUUUGUUUUAUUAUAACUUCAAAUUAUCUUAAAUAUUUUCCUAAUAUUACGUGGGAAUGCUGAUUUUUCUUCUUUUGUUAUGCGGUAGAAACAUUUUACACUUUAUUACAUAGUUCUCAUGGAACAUAGAAUAUUUUGGAAGCUACAUAUGAUACACAUUUUUUGUGUAUAUAUUCUAAUUAGUGUGAAUAAACUAGUAACUGCAUUUUUAAAAAGCA